GUGCUUUGCAAUACGAGGCGGCGCCGAGCAACGCCAUCAUAUCGACACCUGCCAUGAUGGACGACAGUGCAAUCGUCGUCGAUUGCGGUUCCUAUCGCUGCCGCGUUGGAUUCGGAGGCGAAGACGCGCCAACGAGCAUCACAUACACACAGGCGGCCAUCAACGCAAUCAUGUGUACGCGGGGCGUGUUCUCGCUUGCCAACACUCAGAUGUGCGAAGACCUUUGGGACUACUUGCUGAGGGAAGAGCUUCGCGUCGCCAGUCGAGACUGCGCCGUUCUCCUCACGGAACCAAGCGGAAGGUCGCGAAAAGAGCGCGAAAGUUGGAGCGAGGUGUGGUUUGAGCAUUUCUCUGUGCCUGCUCUUCACAUGGUGAGCCAGCCGUUGCUUGCUCUCUAUGCCAGUGGAAAAACGAGUGGCCUCGUGCUGUACUCUGGUCACCACCACACCGAUAUCCUUCCUGUUUGUGAAAGCUCUAUUCUACGUGCAGGAGAGAAGAGAUUGGCCAUCGGUGGUCAUAACAUUACUGAAUACCUGGGGAGUUUGAUUCGAAGGCAUCGGGGCCCAAUUCGUCUUUCGAACGAUCACGUCUGUAAAAUGAAGGAGGAGAUCUGCUACAUCGCUAAAGACUACCAAAGAGAAUCCGAGUGUCCAAGUAGAGACGCCAUGGAAACGUACGAGCUUCCUGACGGUCGCGAAGUGAGCGUUGGAUUUGAACGAUUUAAAGCAACAGAAUUGCUGUUCAAGCCUGUUAUUGCUGGAAAAGACGGAUCGAGUCUAACCGACCUGAUUGCCUCAUCAAUCGAGAGUGUAGAGAUCGAAUCAAAGCGUCUACUGUAUUCGAACAUUGUCGUUGCCGGAGGAAAUACCUCGUUGUCUGGUUUCGAUGAGAGGCUACUGUUUGAGCUGAAAGAUCACGAUCACUUGCCACAGAUGAUGAAGCUGAGACUCAACAGCGAAUCGGAUAGAUCGCUAUCUGCGUGGAUAGGUGGCUCGAUUAUGACUUCACUGGGACCGUGUUGGCAACACUUUUGGAUCACGAGAGACAUGUAUGAUGAGAUAGGACCUUCGGUCGUCCACCGGAAGUCGUUCUGAUUAUAUCAUCGUUUAUGAUGCAGUCCCUAAACUGCAGACAUCUAGUUACACAGCAGGCAUAUUAAUUCUUUUAUCAGAGACACUAUGGAGAUGUGGGUUGGUUACUAUUUGGACAUCGAAAUAGGACAGUAGGUUUAUAGUAGUGUGGUAUACGUGGUGCACCCUAUACAGUAUUCAAGUUACAACUAACUAGCUCUACUGGUAUAUACAGACUUUAGUAUUUGUACAUGUGUAGCCUGCAGGCAUCAAAUGUAGACUAAUUUUCGUAGGUAUCAGAGCUCAUGCAGUGAUUGUUACUCGUUGUAAAUGUGUUUUCUGUAAAUUUCGUCAGAUCUCAGUGUACAUCUUGAUGCAUAUUUCGAUAGAUCUGUCGUGUGACUGGUUCGUGUCAUGAAGCUGCAAGUAGACCUUAAAAAAUUGAUUCGCACUGUAUAGCGGUG